AUGGCUUGGGCUGAACCUAGAAACACUGGCAUGAUCUACCGUCGUCUCGGUAGAUCCGGCUUACAUGUCUCUGCGAUUGGUCUCGGUAGCUGGAUGACCUAUGGAGGCUACGCUCAAGACGAGGAGGCAUUUGCUUGCAUGAAAAAGGCUUACGACCUUGGAAUCAAUUUCUUCGACACAGCCGAGAACUAUACUGCUGGCCAAGCUGAGAUUGUCAUGGGUAAGGCUAUUAAGCACUUUGGGUGGAAGCGCAGCGAUUUGGUCAUUAGCACAAAGAUCAACUGGGGUGCCGUUAAUGGAGAGAUUCUCGUCAACAACCAUGGGCUUUCGAGAAAGCAUAUCAUCGAGGGUCUAGACGCCUCAUUGGAGCGUCUUCAGCUCGACUAUGUUGACAUUGUCUACGCUCACCGGCCAGAUAGACUGACUCCUAUGGAGGAGACUGUCCGAGCUUUCAACUACCUGAUUGACAACGGAAAGGCUUUCUACUGGGGUACAUCAGAGUGGUCAGCUGAUGAAAUUGCCGAAGCUGUCGGAAUUGCUCGUGAUCUUAGAAUGAUUGGACCUAUCGCCGAGCAACCCUUCUACAACAUCCUUGUCAGAGAUAGAGUUGAAGGCCAAUUCCAACGCCUAUAUGAGCGCACUGGCCUAGGUAUCACCUCGUUCUCCCCCUUGAAAAUGGGCGUUCUCAGUGGAAAGUACAACGAUAUAGUUGACGGCAAGCCACCCAAAGACUCCCGAUUUGAAGCCAGCAAGGACAACUUCGCCGACUUCAUGCGCGGCCGUAUUGGCACUGAUGACUGGAAGGAGGAGAUCGACAAGGUUCGGCAGUUGAAGCCCAUUGCUGAUAAGCUGGGCAUCAGCCAGGCUCAACUUGGUAUUGCAUGGUGUCUCAAGAAUCCUAAUGUUACCAGUGUUAUCACCGGUGCCAGCCGGCCUGAACAGUUGGAUGAUACUGUUGCCUCGCUGAAGAUUCUUGAUAAGCUGACACCAGAGAUUAUGGAGGAGAUUGAUGCCAUUACGAAGAACGAGGUUGAGCUGGAUCCUGCUAGACAGAGCUAG